AUGAUGAGUAAAGGUAAGCUCGCAUCAUGGGCUAAUCAAUGCCCUUGGGUCAUCUGUCAUUUGACGACAAAAAGGAGUUUUGCCAGUGACAAUUUAAGGUCACUGUCACUUCGUAUGAAGUCUAUAAAAUCUAUUCAAAAAAUUACAAAAGCAAUGAAGAUGGUUGCUGCAUCAAAAUUUAAAGGUGAUCAGAAAAGGCUAGAGAUCUGUAAGCAUUUUUCUACUCCUUUAACUGAUAUUUUUAACAGAUUAAACCAAUUAGAUAUAAACAUAAAAAAUGAAGAUUUAGCUAUAAUUGGUAUUUCAUCAGACAAAGGAUUAUGUGGAAGUGUUAACACAUCCGUUUCAAGAAUAUGUAAAAAACUUAUAGAGCGUGAAAAUGUAGGUAAUGAAAUUAUAAAUAAUAUUACACCAAAUAAAAUAUACGUAUAUGGGAUAGGAGAGAAAAUUAGAUCAGCCUUAAGUAGAUUACACAGAGAUAAAUUUGAAGUUAUUUAUAAUGAAUAUAAUAAAAUUCCAAUAAAUUUUCUUACUUGUUCAUAUAUAGCUGAACGAAUUUUGAAAAAUAAUCAUAGCAACAUAAUAAUUAUUUAUAAUAAUUUUAAGUCAGCUAUAUCAUUUGAUACCAAAAUUUUAAAUGUCUUCUCUCAAAAACAAUUAAAUAAAAUGAACAAAAAAGAAUUAGCAUCUUUUGAAUUUGAGCCAGAAAUUGAUUAUAUUUUUAAGGACGUGUAUGAGUUUUAUUUCACAUCUCUACUAUACAAUUGCAUUAUUCAAAAUUUAGCAGCAGAACAGUCAGCGAGAAUGACAGCCAUGGACAACGCUUCUUCUAGUGCUACAGAAAUGCUCGGGGCGCUGUCGUUAAAAUAUAAUAGGGCAAGACAAUCAAAAAUUACCUUAGAACUUAUUGAAAUUAUAUCGGGUGCAAAUGCUUUGUAA